AUGAAGUACAUCGUAGUAUCUGGAGGUGUCAUAUCUGGGGCAGGGAAAGGCAUAGUCGCUUCUAGCGCAGGCCUAUUGCUGCAAAGUAAAGGGUUUAUCGUCACCACCAUCAAGAUAGAUCCCUAUAUCAACAUCGAUUCGGGGACUAUGAGUCCACUCCACCAUGGGGAAAUAUAUGUGACAGACGAUGGGGGUGAGAUGAAUCUUGACCUCGGCAACUUCGAGCGCUACCUUUCAACCACUCUCCAGCGUGAUCAUAACAUCACAACUGGGAAAAUCUAUCAAGACAUCAUCUCUAAGGAGCGAGUCGGUGAUUACCUGGGCAAGACAGUUCAGGUGGUGCCUCAUGUCACCAACUCCAUUCAGGAAUACAUCGAGCAGACAGCGAAGAUACCUGUGGACGAGUCCCAAGCCGAGCCUGAUGUGUGUAUUAUUGAGCUGGGCGGUACUGUGGGCGAUAUCGAGAGUUCGCCCUUUAUCUACGCUCUUUCCCAGCUUCGAAAGAGGGUUGGAAGAGAAAACCUCGUUCAAAUUCACGUAGCUUAUGUCCCUGUCGUGCCGCCAGGAGCUUCUGGUGAGCAAAAGACGAAACCAACUCAAAGAUCCAUUUCCGACGUUCGGAGCGCUGGAUUGAGUCCACUUUUAGUUGCCUGCCGCUGCGAGACGGCAUUGGAUCCAGGGACCAUCCAAAAAAUCGCCAAUAUGUGCUCAAUGGAGUCGGAACAGGUCAUUUCCGUACAUGACGGGCCAACCACAUAUCACGUACCUCUUCUCCUUGAGAAACAGAAUCUUCUCGGCAUCCUCUGCGAGCACCUCGAACUCCCACUUGAUCGAACACCCACCCCGCGUAUAGAGCAAGGCAGGCGCAUGUGGAAAGACUGGGUUCAUCUUGUUCGAAAUCAUGAUACGAUCACCGACACGGUUUCAAUCGCGCUCGUGGGACAAUACACCUCCAAUAAAGAUGCUUAUCGCAGUGUUUCCAAGUCAAUUGAACACGCAGCCAUGUACUGUCACAAGAAAGUCAAGAUCGUUUGGAUUGACGCCGCACAUCUCGAGGACGAGACCUAUCAGAACUCUCCAGUCAAGUACCACAAAGCCUGGCAUGAUAUUCAUAGCGUUCAAGGCAUUAUCGUGCCUGGUGGCUUUGGUACUCGCGCCACCGGUGGGAUGAUCGAGGCAAUCAAAUGCGCAAGGAGUAAUAAAAAGCCAUUCCUAGGCGUAUGCCUUGGCAUGCAGCUUGCAGUGGUUGAAUACGCCCGCCACGUCAUGGGUAUCACGGAUGCUGGGAGCCAAGAGCUCCACCCAGAAUCCAAUAACCAUGUCAUUAUUUGCAUGCCUGAACACAACCAGGAAUAUGGCAGUAGCACUAUGCGUCUGGGAAAGCAUCCAUGCAUCUUUAAGGAGGACACUGAUUGGUCGAAGCUGCGAUCGUUGUAUGGCCCCACUAUUACCCAGAUUGAGGAACGUCACCGGAAUCAGUACGAAAUCAACCCGGCAAUGGUUGAGAAGCUUGAGAAGGCUGGGCUUACUGUUGUUGGCAAAGAUACCACCGGUAAGCGUAUCGGAAUUGUUGAGAUCCGUGACCACCCCUUUUUUGUCGGUGUGCAAUUCCACCCUGAGUACUUGAGCCGUGUGUUGCGGCCAAGUAAGGUCUUCCUCGGUUUCUUUGCUGCUGCGGCUGGGUGUUUGGAGAAGAUCCCCACGGCAUUGGAACAGGGCAAGCGAAGCCUAGUGGAAGAAUAUUAG